CAGGAGCGUGGCUGACAUGGAACGUUGGUACCCUUUUACCUUCUCACCUUCUCCCUACCAAAGCUCAACUCAAGAAAAUCACCUUCAAUGUUGAUCUAUACCAUUCAACAAUCUAUCUUGGUAAUCAAAGCCCAUAUGUUACAAUGGGCUCCAUGUUAUUGUUAUCUAUAGCAUUUGUCGUGUCUUACUACGAAAUUCCAGACAUUGGUACUCAUCAGCGUUAUAUCUAGAGACCUGCCUUCGAUACCGCCCGUAACUUCGUUGCUCUCGAUUUUCUUGGAAAAGAGAAACAGACGUAGACGAUGUAUUCUAUCCUUUUAUUCACUGUCGUAUUCCUCGGCGGCUAUGUUCAUUACCUGUGGAAAGCUGAGGGCGCCCUCCACGAGCCAUGGGUCCCUGACGUCGGCGACCGACUCUUCAGCGAACGACCGCUACCUCCUUUCAAAGAAGAGUCUAGUAUAGCAACCUAUGCACUUCCUUUACGAACUCACGGCCGGAAUAUCGUCGAUUCCACCGGUCGCCGUUACAAGCUCUCCAGCGUCAAUUGGUACGGGGCUAGCGACGAGCUCUUUAUCCCCGGGGGCCUCGAGGUCCAGCACCGUUCCGUCAUCGCAGCCACUAUCCGCCUGUUAGGCUUCAACAGCGUGCGCCUACCCUACUCCGACGAGAUGGUCAUAAAGAACCCGCAUAUCCUUCCACAUCUCCUCACCGCCAAUCCCGACCUUAUGGGUUCGCGCGCACUCGAUGUUUUCCAAGCCGUUGUCGAAGCAUUGACCGAUGCUGGCAUCGCUGUCAUAAUAAACAACCAUAUUACAAGUGCGACGUGGUGCUGUGGCGCAGACCCGUGCGAUGCCGGCUGGGCAAACGACCACCUUGGUCCCUUGUGUCCGAUUCCGCAGACGGAGGAGGACUGGAUACAGCACUGGGAGACGGUGAUGGAGCGGUUUGUGGAUAACCCCAGAGUGAUUGGAGCCGACCUGAGAAACGAAGUGCGCGGCGUCUGGGGCACCAUGUCGUGGAAUCGCUGGGCAACUGCUGCCGAAAAGUGCGGGAAUAGGCUAUUGAAGAUGAACAAGGACUGGCUGAUUAUCGUCGGUGGGACUGAGUCCGGGAACGACCUCACCAAAGCGCAGGAGCGACCGGUGAAACUGGACGUUGCGGACCGAGUCGUAUACUCGGCGCACGUGUAUGCGUGGUCCGGGUGGGGUAGCCGAGAGGGAAGGUACGCCAAGCGUAGCUACGCUUCCUUUAUCCAGGCGAUGAGGAAGAACUGGGCAUACCUAGUCGAGAACGAUGUGGCGCCGGUAUGGGUAGGCGAGUUCGGUGCACCGCGCAACCCGGGCACGGGCGACGCAAACUAUUGGCGGAACUUGCUGCGGUACUUGAAGCGCAUAGACGCGGACUUUGGAUAUUGGGCCAUUAACCCGCGCAAACCUAAGGACAACGAGCCGGAGUCGUACUCGCUUGUUAAGGACGACUGGAUCACGCCCAUCCUCGAUUAUCGCAUGCGCGACAUGACGGAGCUCAUCGCUGGCGCGGGAGAGAACGACAAUGACGACGAUGAGGGUGAGAAUAAGGGGGAUGAGGAAGCAAAUAGGGAUAAGAGCGAUACAGUGGAAGAAUUGUAGAAAGCGUUGCUUUAUAUCAUGUUCAAAAACUACAAGUUCGCGGGUUGACUACGCGGGAAAUACCACUCGGGAGGGAAAUUUUGAAUUACAAGCUGUACAAUCACUAUAACCUCGGACAUCAUCAUCAGCGUGGGUAUUGUAUUCAUCUCAUCAUUACGGAUACUGCGAUAGAUGACUCUAGUCUAGAAAGGAAGUCAGGGUAUCACCGGUCAGGUUUAUAGCAAGCGAUCCCCUCGAAUAGAGGAUAGGUUUUGAUUUAUUGUCUUGUGAGGUUGAGAGAAGGCUCUUAAUUACGAGCAUGUGAAAAUCUCACUCGAAUAUGAGUAGAGAGGAAUGUUAGGUUUGGCUGCAUCAGUAUGGACGUCCUCUAUUACCAGCAAAGGUAUGCCUCGCCAUCUCAUCACUCCUUCUGCUUAGGGAGGGUUACCUAUGAGGUUCAAUUAAUAUCUUUCACCAA